CCGUUGAGUCUAUAAAUCCCCUUUCUGCUAUUGUAUGAGGCGCAUGAGUGACUUGCCCCCUUUGUCUGUGCCGAGAGAGUGGGCCGAGAGUGUCUCUGUGUGAGAGUGUGUGAGUGUGUGAGAGUGUGCGCACAGCCGGUUCAUUGGUAAUGUGAUGAUUGUCCUGGGGGACAUUUGAUGGAUUAGAGAGCUAAACAGCUCCAUUGCGAGGCACCACCUGAUGUCAGACUGCGUCCCAUAUAAAGAGAGAGGCUGAGAGUGCUGAGCUCAGCUAUUGCUGGCAGAGACCCCCUCCUCCCUCCCUCCGUCCCUCUCUCUCUGUCUCUCCCACUGCAGAAAGUCAGAGCUGUCCAGUGCUGAAUGUGUUUCCCCAUCCCCGGGCUGACAAAGAGGCACCCCAAGAAGCCCCACCAAGGACCCCCACCAAGGACCCCCACCAUGCCCCGCUCCUUCCUGGUCAAGAAGAUUAAACUGGACGACUUCUCUUCCGCUGGGAUUGCUGCUCCCCAUUACCCUCACUUUGAUGAUCCUUGUGUUCUGGGACAGACGCUCUCCGGCGCUGUAGGAAACUUGGGGGUCCCCGAGGCUGAGGAGGGGUUCAUCCCACACUGUAUCACAUCAUCUAAAUAUCAAGUUGGGAAGAAAUCGGAGGGGAAGUUUGACUCGUCGGACCCCGACUACACGCAGGAGCAGGAUGAUUACAGCGACCCCGACAGCCCCCAGUCCAGCCUCUCGGCGGGGUACUUUAGUGGGGAGACUGCAGUCACAGACAGUUACUCCAUCGACGCCUUCUUCAUCUCGGAUGGGAGGUCCCGGCGGCGCAGCGAGAGCCGUGGGGGCCAGCGACACAUUUGCAGCGAAUGCGGCAAAACCUACGCCACCUCCUCCAACCUCAGCCGGCACAAACAGACCCACCGCAGCCUGGACAGCAAAAUGGCCAAAAAAUGCCCGACUUGUGGCAAAACCUACGUGUCCAUGCCGGCCUUGGCCAUGCACAUUCUGACGCACAAUCUGAAACACAAGUGCAACGUGUGCAGCAAAGCCUUCAGCCGGCCGUGGCUCCUGCAGGGCCACAUGCGCUCCCACACCGGCGAGAAGCCCUUUGGCUGCGCCCAUUGCGGAAAAGCCUUCGCCGACCGCUCCAACCUCAGAGCUCACAUGCAGACCCACUCGGCCUUCAAACACUACAAGUGCAAGCGCUGCGACAAGACCUUCGCCCUCAAAUCCUACCUGAACAAACACUACGAGUCGGCCUGCUUCAAGGGCUCCGACCACGAGUGCGGCAUUGACAGCUAAGGGCCACCGUGCCGGGACUGAUGGGCAACAACUACAAGAACAUGGCACAAUAUCUCACCCUACUGGUGGCACCGCAGAGCCCAAACCAGGGGACCUGGGACAGACGGCAAUGCCACUUUCACUGCUGCACUUGGCAAUAACUGACACCACAGCAGUUCCAGGCCCAACACUAUUCCAUGAGGCCCGAGACUUCUCAUGUUGGACUUUUCCAUGAGGCUUGAGACCUCUCAUGUUGGACUUUUCCAUGAGGCCUGAGACUUCUCAUGUUGGACUUUUCCAUGAGGCCUGAGACUUCUCAUGUUGGACUUUUCCAUCAGACCCGAGACUUCUCAUGUUGGACUUUUCCAUGAGGCCCGAGACGUCUCAUGUUGGACUUUUCCAUCAGACCCGAGACUUCUCAUGUUGGACUUUUCCAUCAGACCCGACUCAUGUUGGACUUUUCCAUGAGGCCCGAGACUUCUCAUGUUGGACUUUUCCUUCAGACCCGACACUUCUCAUGUUGGACUUUUCCUUCAGACCCGAGACUUCUCAUGAUGGACUUUUCCUUCAGACCCGAGACUUCUCAUGUUGGACUUUUCCAUCAGAACCGAGACUUCUCAUGUUGGACUUUUCCUUCAGACCCGAGACUUCUCUUGUUGGACUUUUCCAUCAGACCCGAGACUUCUCAUGAUGGUCUUUUCCUUCAGACCCGAAACUUCUCAUGUUGGACUUUUCCAUCAGACCCGAGACUUACUCAUGUUGGACUUUUCCAUCAGACCCGAGACUUCUCAUGUUGGACUUUUCCAUCAGACCCGAGACUUCUCAUGUUGGACUUUUCCUUCAGACCCGAGACUUCUCAUGUUGGAAUAUUCCAUCAGACCCGAACUUCUCAUGUUGGACUUUUCCAUCAGACCCGAAACUUCUCAUGUUGGACUUUUCCAUCAGACCCGAGACUUCUCAUGUUGGACUUUUCCAUAGGCCAGAGAAACGGGGGGCACCGAUAUAUGUCUGCAACUGUGCAAUAUGGCCGCUUCUCUUUUUUUGUAUGAAGACUUCUCCUGCCAAGCUCUUAUCCGUGUGCCCCAUUGGCCCGCACAGUGGGGGGCUCUAACGUGUAGGGAUGCGCCGGAUCCAUUGCUCUCGGAUUCACACCAAACCCAACACUCCAAAAAUCUAUUGUCUUAGUGCAGAACCAGAUCCACGUUGGAUUAACAGAAUUCUGCUACCCCACAUGGCAAGAAAGAGGAUCAUCUGAAAACUCAGUGUUGAGAGGCCAUGGGGUAUUGAGGGUUUCCGAUUUUGUCCGGCCAAACAAUGAGGCUUUGGCCAAAUAUGAACCUGGCAAAACAUUGUUGGGAUUGGGCCAAAUCCUCAGCUGAGUGUUUGGUCUGUUGCAUCCUUCAAAAUGUGAAUGAGUUACCGACUCUCAGAGGGGCCACACUCUCAUGCUCCUCCUCCCUAUAGUAUUUAUUUGUAGCAUUAGGGAGGGGCCUCGCUCUCAUGCUCCUCCUCCCUAUAGUAUUUAUUUGUAGCAUUAGGGAGGGGCCUCACUCUCAUGCUCCUCCUCUGCUCUAUAGUAUUUAUUUGUUGCAUCUGGGAGGGGCCUCGCUCUCAUGCUCCUCCUCCGCUCUAUAGUAUUUAUUUGUUGCAUCUGGGAGGGGCCUCGCUCUCAUGCUCCUCCUCCGCUCUAUUGUAUUUAUUUGUUGCAUCUGGGAGGGGCCUCCCUCUCAUGCUCCUCCUCCGCUCUAUAGUAUUUAUUUGUUGCAUCUGGGAGGGGCCACACUCUCAUGCUCCUCCUCUGCUCUAUAGUAUUUAUUUGUUGCAUCUGGGAGGGGCCUCGCUCUCAUGCUCCUCCUCCGCUCUAUAGUAUUUAUUUGUAGCAUCUGGGAGGGGCCUCGCUCUCAUGCUCCUCCUCCGCUCUAUAGUAUUUAUUUGUAGCAUCUGGGAGGGGCCUCGCUCUCAUGCUCCUCCUCCGCUCUAUAGUAUUUAUUUGUAGCAUCUGGGAGGGGCCUCCCUCUCAUGCUCCUCCUCCGCCCUAUAGUAUUUAUUUGUAGCAUCUGGGAGGGGCCUCACUCUCAUGCUCCUCCUCUGCUCUAUAGUAUUUAUUUGUUGCAUCUGGGAGGGGCCUCACUCUCAUGCUCCUCCUCCACCCUAUAGUAUUUAUUUGUAGCAUCCGAGAGGGGCCUCACUCUCAUGCUCCUCCUCCACCCUAUAGUAUUUAUUUGUAGCAUCUGGGAGGGGCCUCACUCUCAUGCUCCUCCUCCACCCUAUAGUAUUUAUUUGUUGCAUCUGGGAGGGGCCUCACUCUCAUGCUCCUCCUCCACCCUAUAGUAUUUAUUUGUAGCAUCCGAGAGGGGCCUCACUCUCGUGUUCCUCCUCCACCCUAUAGUAUUUAUUUGUAGCAUCUGGGAGGGGCCUCAUUCUCAUGCUCCUCCUCCGCCCUAUAGUAUUUAUUUAUUGCAUCUGGGAGGGGCCUCACUCUCAUGCUCCUCCCUCUAUAGUAUUUAUUGGUAGCAUUAGGGAGGGGCCUCUAUGUUUUUUCUCUGCCCUAUAGUAUUUAUUUGUAGCAUCAGGGAGGGGCCACACUCUCAAGCUCCUCCUCCGCCCUAUAGUAUUUAUUUAUAGCAUCAGGGAGGGGCCACACUAUCAUGCUCCUCCUCCCCAUAGUAUUUAUUUAUAGCAUCAGGGAGGGGCCUCACUCUCAUGUUUUUUCUCUGCCCUAUAGUAUUUAUUUACAUGAUGCUCCACCCCUACACAGUAUUAAUGAGUAAAAAUAGGGGGCGGGGCUAAGACUGGGGUACCACUCCUCAUCCUUACAGUAUUUAUAAGAUGCAGAGCUUUAUUUUUUCAUUAUUUUGCUGGAAGAUACUUUCUGUUGUGCCAGGGGGUGUUAUGUUGGGGGUGAGAUGUAGAAGUAGCACAAGUUCCUGACGCCCCCGGGCACUUUGUGAUGGGGAGACCCACAGGGCGGACAUUAGGGGGGUCACUAUUAUAUGAAGCACACUCUCGUACUAUGGCAGAAGGUGGAACUAAAUGGCGACGGGCGCAGUCACUGCCGGGGGGUGGAACGAGCGCCCCCCCCCUGACUGGGGUGAAAUUACUGCACGGAGGGCUAAAGUGCACCCCAAUUCUGGCAUUUCUCUCUCAUUCAUAACCUGCUCUUCUCAGAACCAGAAUCCUGGCCCAUUGGGGGAAAAUGACUAUUUUCAGAGCAUUACCCCCCCCCCCGAUCAUUUCAUCGUACAAUUGCCUUUCUCUGGGACCCCCCCAGGACACUGACGGCAAUGGAACCUUUGCAGCUGCCUAUUUAUAUUGAAUGCAUUUAUAUUAUUUAUUUAUUUAUUUGCUACGGAUUUGUUGGGUUUUUUAUGAAUAAGGGGCGGGGCAUAUAUAUAUAUAUAUUGGGUGCCACUCUGGGUGAUGUUUACAGGUCGGAGUUGGCAGAAACCAACUAAAUGCAUUGAAAGGUCUUCCUUCAGGGUCUCCCCGAGCCGAAUGCUUUGUGCAUGGGGGGGCGCUCAGUCCCACGGUGCCCGCGGGGGGCACACAACUAUGCAAUUACUCCUUUACCUCCAGCCAAGAGGAACCAGACUUGUGGGAACUACCCAUAAGCCCCCACUGCUGACUGGGUUCUUCAGGAAUAUGGUCACUACUGUAAGUCCAAUAACCAGACCUAGAAGUUAGGUCCCCAGGUCCAGAAACAGAAGCCAAAGGCAAAACGUGCAGGGGGGACCCAAGAAAAGACUUUUUGCCCCCCCACAUUCAGAACCAAGGAGACAUGACUGGGGCAUUAGCCAAGGCACUAUCAUUAUUACAGCUUGGGCUUGUGGACCAAGGACUUGGUACAUGCUGGACAGGUACAUGGUCUCUUGGGAAAUUAGUUGAGUGACCCCUCUGGUGCCCCCGCCUACAAGCAAGGUCCCUGGCCACUCAAAUAUUGUACCCUAUAAUCUAGAACCCAAGGAAAUUCCAUCCCUGGGCACAGAACCAUAGCCCUUGCAUUUGCCCCAACCUAAAAUGAAGGUCCCUGGGGACACUACAUGGGGUGCCCCGCUAUCAAAUUUGGAUCUCAGGGGUUUAGUGACCCUACUGCCCCAGUGUUACCCCAACCCCAUCACCAGCAAACAUCUACCCCACACCCUCAAUAGCUCUACACCCCCAAAUGCCAUGUUCCGUGCCCCCACCAAUGUGAUCCAACAAUGAUGACGGGGGCAUUUAUGUGCUUUUCCCAACAUGGAUGCUGGGGCUUGGGGGGCACACUCAGGUCAAGCCCUAGGGGCAGAUUAGAAUGACCUGUACCAAUACUGCUGCUCCCCAAUAGAUAUCCGUACUGGUCUGGUACUGGUAUUUGUACCGCAGAGGAAUUCAGCUGGUUCUGGGUUCCGAGGGGGCGUGGCACAGAAACAUGUGACCUUAUCAAUCAUUUUAACGAUGUCUCAGCUAAAUGAGUUUAUCCUGUGGCUCCCCAGCUCAAUGCUGAAUGUCGGGGGCCCCUGACUGGAUUGGGGGGGGCUCUUUUGUGCAUGUUCUAGAAGCACAGCGUAGGAUUUUCUAGAGAAACAGAUAUAGAUUUUGUACUUGAGUUAUAUGCAAGUGGCAGGACAGAUGCACUUACCUACACACUGAUUGGCCCAGCGGCGAGUACUCACCUACCCAGAGUCACAUGUGUCACAGCCAAUAACGCAGUGCCUUGUGGGUACCCCGCACCCCCUAAUACAGCUGCACUUGUGUCCCGCUUCUAUAAAGCUAUAGGGGUAACUGCUGUAAAGGCCAAGCUGCCUAAUGAUAAUUAGUUACUUAGUUUCAUAGUAGUUUUAUAUAAACAACCCCCUCCCUAUGUUGGACUCCCCCACUUGUGUCUCUCACUCAGGAGCCUGUAGGGGGUGACAGAGGGAACACAGAGGCACAAUGGGCUGCAUUGCCACUGGGGGGCGACCAAUGUUACUGACCAACAUAUAUAGGGGAAUCCACUAGCCCUAAUUAUAACCACUGCUUGCCUUCUAUGUAUCCCAUUAAUAACAUACACAAGAUCUACCUACCUCUGUCUGCAUUGUAUUUGUCUACAAACGUGUGCAUGGGAGUUGCCAUACUGAAGCAGAACAAUAAAGCACUCACCCUGGGAAGUCUAGGGGUGCCCUUGCCUUGGGGGAUAAGGAGAAUCUCCUUGCAGGGGUGAGUACUGGCUGAAUAAAGUAUCUGGGGUUAGUACUGCGGCACUGGGGUCCUGAGUUUGAUUCCAACCCGGUCACUGUCUGCAAGGAGUUUGCCUGUCCCCCCGGGUCUGUGUACAUACAGGCAAGAUGAUUGGCUCCUGAUAAAAUUGCCCCUACUGUGUGAAUGUGAUAGGGACCUUAGAUUGUAAGCUCACUGGGGCAGGGGC